AUGGACACAGAGACGCUGCCCGACGAGCGCCUCGAGAAUUUCAUAACCGGCACAGACUACAGGCCCCUCGAUGUCAUCGGCGAGGGCGCCUAUGGGAUCGUAUGCUCAGCGGUGCACAUCCCCACCCAGCGGCGAGUGGCUAUCAAGCGUAUCUCGCCCUUUGACCACUCCAUGUUCUGCCUACGCACGUUGAGGGAGAUCAAGCUCCUCCGCCACUUCCGCCACGAGAACAUCAUCUCCAUCCUCGACAUCCUCCGACCCCCAUCCCUUCACGACUUCAAGGAGGUCUAUCUCGUCCAGGAACUCAUGGAGACAGAUAUGCAUCGCGUCAUUAGGACCCAGCCGCUCAGCGAUGACCACUGCCAGUACUUCAUCUACCAGACGCUGAGGGCGCUCAAGGCACUCCAUUCCGCGGAUGUCCUCCAUCGCGAUCUCAAGCCCUCCAACCUCCUCCUUAACUCGAACUGUGACUUGAAGUUGUGCGACUUUGGCCUCGCCCGAUCAGCACGCCCCCCGCCCGACGUCGACGACACGAGCACCUUCAUGACCGAGUACGUCGCUACACGGUGGUACCGCGCCCCGGAGGUCAUGCUAACCUUCAAAGAGUAUACGCGUGCGAUCGAUGUUUGGAGCGUCGGAUGCGUGUUGGCGGAGAUGUUGAGCGGGAGACCGCUUUUCCCUGGGAGAGAUUACCACCACCAGCUCUCCCUGAUCCUCGAGACCCUGGGCACACCCUCGAUAGACGACUUCUACGCCAUCAACUCGCAGCGCUCGCGCGAGUACAUCCGCGCCCUCCCCUUCCGCCGGAAAAAGAACUUCUUGACCAUGUUCCCCGGCGCAAACCCCCUGGCAAUCGACCUGAUGGAAAAGUGCCUAGCGUUCAGCCCGAAGAAGCGCCUGGACGUGUCCGAGGCGCUGAAGCAUCCGUAUCUCGAGCCGUACCACGACGUGGAAGACGAGCCCACCGCAGAGCCCCUCGACCCGGCCUUCUUCGACUUUGACCUCGGAGAGCCGUUGUCGAAGGAACAACUAAAAGUGCUGAUAUACAACGAGAUCACGAAGACGGACGAAUCUAGACCGCCGUUGAUUUAUUCUCAGGAUUCUAUGGAGUCAUAA